AACAGUCCCCUUGAGCAGGCCGCGCUCUACGGUCAGCCAGACUGCAUCGUUGUGCUCCUCAAGGAUCCCGCGGUUCGAGCUUCGCUGCGCGAGCGUCAGUCCGACGCGAUCGCCAAGGCCUGCACUCAGGGCCACGUGGCGUCGCUCACGCUCCUUCUCGACGUCGAUGGCGUCGACGCUGGCCACGUCCGACCGUGGCCGAGGAUAACGUCCCAUACCUCGACGAUGCUUCACGCGGUGACGAGCGACGAAGUGAACGUCGUGGAGACGCUCAUCCACUACGGCGUGGACGUGAACUUUAGCGUGCCGGAGUAUAAGACGCCGUUGGGCAUGGCGGCGAUCCAAGGCUACAUCGACAUUGCGGAGCGCCUCCUGGACGCCGGCGCGACGGUGCGGCGGCGGGACGGCGACCGCUUCGGCCCGGGAAAUCCGCUCUGUGAGGUCGUCGCGUACGCCGGGAACGAGGAGAUGUGCCGCGUGCUCCUCGACGCGGGCGCGGACGUUUCCGCAUCCGUCGAAGAGAGCGGCGUCACGGCGCUCCAUAUCGCC